UACGGAAGAAGAAAGCAUUUCUUGGAAUCAUUCAACCCAAUACGAUCGGUUCCUGGCAAGAUUUAUGUUACAAGAGGCUCAUAUCUAGAAGAUGUUAGCAAAUUUGAUUACACGUUCUUUGGGAUAUCUGCUUCGAGGCCAAGGUAAUGGAUCCACAGCAGAGGCUGCUCCUGCAAGGAACCUACGAGGCAAUAGAGGACGCUGGUAUGACGAUCGAAGAGUUGCAGCAAUGUACCACUGGUGUUUAUGUUGGCAUCAUGAACCAAGAAUACAGUUCAGUGGCAUUUGGACCUGAUUCUCUCCCCAACCUUGAUCAGUUUGCAGCCACAGGAAACGCCUUUUCAAUAACUGCAAACAGAAUAUCGUUUUCAUUCAAUCUUUCUGGACCAAGCAUAGCAGUAGAUACGGCUUGCUCAUCUUCUUUAACAGCUCUGAAUAUUGCUUGUGACCAUAUUCAAAAAGGAGCAGUUGAUGUAGCCAUUGUUGCUGCAGCCAAUGUGAUACUUGACCCAGUCAAACAGGCACCUAUAUGUAGAGCAGGAAUGCUGGCCUCUGAUGGUCAAAGCAAAGUUUUCGAUGAAAGAGCGGACGGUUACGGAAGAGGUGAGGCUGCACUGGUUUUCAUCCUUAAAGGCAGCGAUUUUGUCAACUCAUCCGACGAACUCUGGUGCUUCAUAGUCUGCUUGAGAAGCGAAUGGAGAACGUAGACUUCUUCGUGCUUUACUCUUCCAUAACAUCAAUAAUAGGAAACAGUGGACAAACUUCCUAUUCAGCAGCAAAUGGAUUCCUAAACAGCUUUGCUGAUUAUCGUGCUGAAGUUCUGAAAAAACCUUGCCUUGCCGUUUGCUGGGGAGCAAUGGGUGGGGCAGGCAUGUUGAAGGAUAAUGCUAAACUUGCAACCUUGCUAGAAGAAACUGGUCUUCACCUUCUAGACAUAAAUACAGGACUGAAAUGGUUGGAGCGGGUUCUUGUGGAAACACCAACGAAGUCCACCGUUUGCAUAUGUGACGUUGACUGGGCCAAAUACUUAAAGACAAUGCAAAGAGGCAAUAUGACAAUGUUUAAGCACAUCCAGGAAGAUCUACCAGAAGAGAUUAAUGACAGUGGGGUUGCAUUGCUAGAACUGAUAAAACAGGAAGCAUCAGUAGAAAGGCAAUCCGAGAUUGUUACAAAAUUCAUAACUGGGUGGCUUGCUAAGUGGAUUGGUGGAAGUGAAGAAGAGGUCGAUUGUAAUGUUCCAUUCUUUACAUAUGGUAUUGAUUCGGUUGGGGCUGCUAUUUUCAAGGCACAAAUAUUUCAACAUUUCAGUGUGGAUUUGGAGGUAUUUUACUUCAUGCUCCCUGAGACAACGACUACUAGUCUAACGAAAGAACUUGUGAAAAGAAUAAAUGAAUCUGUUCUAGCAGAAACUGACGCCGAACAGGUUAACGAACCAGGAAAUGCAUCAUUCAGAAAGAGGCGGGAGAGCUCGCGUCGAUUCUUCAACUCGUUCCGUCGAAUUGCUCCUGCUGUUGAAAUGGACAAUAAUCUUGUUCUGCCCGAAGAUUACCUCAACUGCAUUUAUGAUCCCCCCGAUGCCAAAGCAAAAAUCUUCAUUGUUCAUCCGUCUCACCGUUAUGCUGGAAUAUUUCGUGGCAUGGCUGCUGGCAUGAAGUACCAGGAGCUGUUUAGUUUGUAUGUAUUCGGUUCACCUGAUCCGAGCUAUAUUGGUGAAGACAUCCAGUCAGUUCGACGACUUGCAAUAGCCUGCACAAAGAAGAUACUUGAGGAGCAGCCUCAAGGACCUUAUUUCUUAGGAGGCUACUCGUUUGGUGGUCUUGUUGCAAUAGAAAUAGCAUCAAUUCUACAGGAAAUGGGGAAAAAGAUUGCCAUGAUUACUAUGAUAGAUUCAUUACGCUGGUUACCAGAGGCUAAAAGCAACUGUCAGCUCUUAAUGGAAGGGUUCAGCGCUAAGCUUAUUAACAAGAACAUUCUCCACGAGGAGCUCAAAGGGUUCUUUUCCAAAAUUGCUACGACACAACUGCAAACGACACAAGCAGAGUUUGGUGAGCUUAUUCAGAGAAUACCGAUUGAGGAAGUUGCAGACCAUUUGAAUGAAAGAGCUAUGAAUUUGUCAGUUGAUGUUCCAAGGCUAGAUCUCAUUCUCCAGGGUACCAUUGAUGAUCAAGAGAUGUCGAAACGUUGUCACCAUGAAUGGAUUCCGCAAGAGAAUUUGUACAACAAGCAUGUCUUGUUUAUCCAAGCGGAAACUUGCCUAUGCAGUAGCUCUAUCCAGUCCCAGGGAACUUCGAAAUGUUUUUGUCAAAUAGGGGUUGGUUCCGCCCCAGACUGUUGGUCAUCAGUUUUAGAGAAACAAAUCAGUGUUGUCAAAUGUCCUGGAAAUCACUACACCAUGAUGGAUCAGAGCCGCGCCCCUAAUGUCGGCAAAGCCCUGGCAUGUUUCGCAUCGCUACGAUACAGGCAGCUCUUUCCGAUGGUUGGCCGAAUUGCAUUGAAUUCAAAUCAUACAGCUACUGUAGUUUUGUUUAAAGACCGCGGGCUGAGAGCAAUUGUAUGGAGGAAAAAGUUUUUUAAAGAAAUAAGUUCAGUUGGUACCCUGAAGCUGAAAGAAUCGGGAAGAAAGUUGAAGUUCAACGCUGAAUCUCGCAGAUUUGGUGAACUUUAUUUUGGGAUCAAAGAUAUCGUCAAUAUAAGAAUGCAGGAUGAUCCUAGCUAUUAUCAUACCAACUCACUUGAAUUUGCAGAAGUAUAUGCCGGACUGUGCUUGCAGAAGAAAAACAAUGAUCAGAUUACUAUAAUGUGCCGUUCUAAGCAGGACUUCACAUUUUUGAUAUUUUUAUUCGAAGCCUCGUUUUUAAUAAAGCUUCCAUUUUAAAUUAAACUAUUUUAUUUACUGUAAAAAUUCCUUGCCAAGCUUCUUACUCUUCUAUAAGAAUAUUUAUAUACUGUAGUUAUUAAAUGCUAGCUUUUUUACUUCUACUUUAAUAUUUAUUUGAUAAAUCAGCUUGAUAAAUUCUUAGCAGUUAGUUUGUCUUUCAGAAAAUUGGUUCACGAUUGCUAAGAAGGGCGUAACAUUAGUUAGUAAGUUAGUAAAUUUAGUAUGUUAGUAAAAUUAGUAUGUUAGUAAAUUAUGCAUGUGUGAAAGCCAUCUCCCUUCCCGCUCUAGUAAAGCUGUUCUUCUAAUGAUCGAUUAAAAUACAUCACGAUGGGUCAAAUUUUUCAAAAUCAAAAAGGAGUUAUAUGAUGCAGAUACACUUUCAAUUUGUAAUAUGUAAAGGACAUUAAAAAAACAAAUUUGUUGUGGAAAAUGCAUCAGCUGGUAAUGCCGUUCACCCUUCCAAGAGGAUAGAAAUGAUACCUAACAACAUCAAAUCAUUGUCAUGUCAUAUCAUGCAUUAUAUUAUCAUAUAUUAAUUGGUGUUUACUAUUGAUAACGCAGAAGCUGAAACGUUUUCUCGUCAAGCAAAACCUCUUUGAAUAUUCUAUAUUCCUAUGGAUUGACCUCUUAAGGUUUGUUCCUAAUAGGCACAUUCAGUGAAAUCAGUACGAGGCUUUGAUUUUUGCUUGUUUGAAGAAUGCUACUAUUUUCUUUGUGUGAAAGUAGUACACUUUCGUCUUACAAUGAAUAGGUUUUUACCUUGACAAACCUUUAUCUUUGCCAAUAUUUCAAAAGUCAAUAUAGCUUUGUCAAACAUGUUUUAUAGCUUAGCCCAUUUUAGUAAUCUGUUUCUUGUAUGUUUAAAAAGCAUUGGAUAGAGCUUUGUAAUUAUGAAGACUGUAUUUUAUGAUUGAUUCCCAUAAAGUUAGUCAAAUUCAGCUGAAGCUUAUUUCUUGUUGUUGCUUUUUGUAGCUAAGUUUGACAAUUUAAUACAGGUUUUGAACAUAACCACCUAAUUAUCACACUGGGGUGCUCUUUUGCUGAAGAAUUGAUUCUGGUGUUUGACGGUGAUAAAAAGUUUCCAUGAAUCACUUUGAAUAAGAAAUAAAAAAGUUGCAUAAAGUUAAAGAAAUUCAGUAUGUUUUUCAGCCAAAUUUCACAUAAAACUACCUUUUCCUGUGCUUAAUUUUGUUUGUCGGGCUAUCUCGUUCACUGACAGUUGAUUUAAAUCAGGCUUACCCAAUAUUAACUGGGCCUAACAUCGAAGGCUGCAUUAACAGAAUGUUAACAAUACUAAGAGCUCUUGCAACAUUUCCACGUCCAACAGAAAGGAACAGAAGGCUUAUAAACUGCAACUAGACAAUAUUUUUUAUCACAGUCCCUCUAGUCCCUCACCAUUAAAUGAACAGGGAGCGCAAAUCUUUAGCUGGUGCAUUUUUUAGCCUUAGUUUAUCAAUAAGUUCUGAUAAGUACAGAAUUCCUUUUUAAUUCUGUAUAGAAUUAAUGUUUAUCACACCACCUUUUUUAAAUAUUGUAAAGGAGUAAAAAGGUCGAUUUCUAUUUAAAUUGAAAGCCAAGCUUCACUUAUUUUAGCAUAAUCAAAGAUGCAACCGUUGAAGAAAAGUCAUGGAUGUUUGAAAAAUGGGCCUGGGACCACCCCCAACUAUUUUCUAGCAUUUCCAAGCUUGGUAAAUACUUCAGGAAAAAUAGCAAUUUAGUGAAAAGCAAAUGCUAAAUCUAAGUAACACCAAAGCUGCCUAAAAUACUUGAAUUAGAAGCAUUGUCGCUAAUAGACGGCAAAGGUUAUGGAACUAUCAUAGAGAAACUAAAACAAACACAUCUGCAAUAAUGAUUAAAAAGAGUAUUUUUUCAUCUCGUAUGUAGAGUCACAAGAUCUUGCCUUUCACUUUUACAAUGCUUUUUAAUGCUUUACAGAUAGCUCAAAUCAUUUCAAUCAUAUUUUUGGGACUAAACAAGAAUAUUUAAUAUUCUUAAUAAGUAAAUUUAGGCUAUUGUCUUGACAUUUAAUGAAUAAGUGUCCAUUACGCUAAGUAUAGUUGAUUUAAUACGUUCAAUCAACCAGAAGUGUUGUUAUGAACUGCGGCCACCUUUGUAGGUCCUACAAAACAAGGGAAGUAUCAUUUAGAUUUAAGAACAUGAAGAUUACUGUCAACUGGUUUAAUGCGGAAUUCAUAAUAAGAACAUUGAGUCGGGAAUUCAGGCGUGAUAAUGGAUAACAGCGCACACGAAUCAUGGUGUGGCUAUGCGGCCAUCUGUCAGGCAUAUUGGACGCUGCAGGAUAACGAUAAAAAAUUUCCCUUUAAAAAGUUGCUGGUCAUCGUAAUAUAUGCAUUAACCCAAGUAAUUGUAGGACAUAGGAGAAAAAUCUUCGCAUACAAGCCUUAAUCUGCCACAGAAAACAAGUAAUUUCCUUCAGUGUGAUGGGGCGGAUCUAACAUCUGAGAUGGAUGUAAGUAGAUUACGUAGCCCUCUAUACACACAGCCGCUUGCAUAAUUCGGUGCAAUAAAAAACAUAGCAAAUGUGACAAUAACAGAAGAGAGACCCUUGCUUCAUUUAUGCAAUCUCAGUAACUGAUAUGGUAGUUACAGUACCAAAAGCUUCUACUGCGUAAUCACAAUACCUUCAAUUAGUUUGUAAACUCUGUUUGUGUGGUCCUGACCAACACAAUGGUAGGAAUUAUAGGAACACGGCUCAAACUUCUCGGCAAUGCAUUUCUCGGAGGUGCCAUCUUUUUCGAUGCUUAUCUUUGAAUUUUCACCACUCCAGCAUUCUCC